AUUAGAGGGCAUUUGUGUAUUACUUGUCAUUGAAUUAAGUGGUGAUUGUGUGACACAAUUGGUGCCAAACUUACAUCGUUUAGUCCUCACGCCCUCCAGACACUCGUCCUCCGCAGCAAUCGCGCCAUGACUUCGCUGUCCAUCGCAACGGUUCCCACCAAACCAUUCGACGGCCAAAAGCCGGGCACAAGUGGUCUCCGGAAAUCAGUGCAAACUUUUAUGCAAAACAAUUACAGCGAAAAUUUCAUACAAUGUAUUGUGAAUGCGGCCGAAGACAAGACCAAACUCGUGGUGGGAGGCGACGGCCGAUACCAUAACAGUCACGUCGUGCAGACAAUUAUAGCCAUUUGUGCCGCCAAUCAUGUAAAGCAUGUAAUCGUUGGCCAAAACGGCAUUUUGUCGACUCCGGCCGUAUCGGCGCUCAUUAGGAAACGGCAAACAAAUGGUGGCAUUAUAUUGACGGCCAGUCAUAACCCGGGCGGACCUAAUGGCGACUUUGGCAUCAAAUUCAACACAUCCAAUGGCGGACCGGCGCCCGAAUCGGUUACAAACCAGAUCUACGAAUUGACCAAAAGUGUGACCCAAUACCAGAUCGUGAAGGACUUGAAAGUCGAUGUCUCCAAACUCGGUGUUCAGACAUUUGACGUUUCGGGCAAUCAGUUUACGGUCGAAGUCGUCGAUCCCGUCGACGAUUACUUGCAACUAAUGAAAGAGAUAUUUGAUUUCAAUGCAAUCAAAUCAUACUUGUCUUCGAGUGGUCUGAAGAUAUUGAUCGAUGCGAUGAACGGAGUGAUGGGUCCGUACGUUAAUCGUGUACUCAUCCAAGAAUUGGGCGCUCCGUCUGAUUCUGCCAUUAGAUGCGAGUCGUUGGAAGACUUUGGUGGACACCAUCCCGACCCUAAUCUCACUUAUGCCGCAGAUUUAGUCAAGAGAUUAGAGUCAGGAGAUUACGGCUUUGGGGCCGCUUUUGAUGGCGACGGCGACCGGAAUAUGAUUUUAGGCAAAAAUGCAUUUUUUGUCACUCCUUCUGACUCUUUGGCCGUUUUGGCCGAUCAUUUGGAUUGCAUUCCUUACUUCCAAAAGGGAGGCAUCAAAGGAUUCGCCCGAAGUAUGCCGACUGCCGGUGCUGUGGAUCGGGUGGCACUCAAAAGCAAUAAAGAAGUGUUUGAAACGCCCACCGGUUGGAAGUUUUUCGGCAAUCUUAUGGACGCUCAACGACUGUCCCUUUGCGGCGAAGAGAGUUUCGGAACCGGUUCUGAUCACAUCAGGGAAAAGGAUGGUCUUUGGGCAGUACUCGCGUGGCUUUCCGUUUUGGCCAACACUAAGAAGUCUGUCGAAGAAAUUCUUGUCAAUCAUUGGAAUAAAUUCGGUCGCAAUUUCUUUACUCGAUAUGAUUACGAAAAUUGUGAAUCCAAUCCAUCAAAUGAAAUGAUGACCGAAUUGGAGAAAGUGUUGUCCGCACCGGACUUUGUGGGCAAAGAGUUUAAAUCUGGUGCUAAAGAGUAUACCAUUUCAGUGGCCGACAAUUUCUCUUACAAAGACCCGAUCGACGCGAGUCUGACUACAAAACAAGGCAUUCGUAUUAUUUUCACCGACGGAUCCAGAAUUAUAUACCGAUUGAGUGGAACCGGGAGUUCGGGCGCCACUAUUCGCCUGUAUGUCGACUGUUAUGAAAGCGAGAGUUCGUCUGAGUUGAGAGCAGACGCCCAACAGGUCCUGAAGCCACUCAUUGACAUCGCUUUGCGAAUCUCUAAACUCAAAGAAUACACGGGAAGGGAUGCGCCCACUGUUAUCACGUAAAUCAGCAAUAAUUGUUUGCCAACUAUUAUAGUCUUUAUUUACAAAACGAAUCGCUAAUAAUUUACAAAUUGUUUUCUUAUAAAUGC